UCAUAAGUGUUAACUAAUCAUAGCAAGUUAACUAAAAACAAAAACACUAGUAGGCGAGACGAAACGUCAAUUGUGAACUGUUCCCUCUGGCUGCUCACACACAUAAAUAUCCGUCGCACGGAAAACAAGCAAACAAAACAAACGAAACAAACUAAACAAACAAAACAAACUAAACCAACAAAACAAACAAAGAAGAAAAGGAUGAGCAGCCUAGAACACCACAAGAUGUCCAGCGGCACAGACGUGGUCGAUCUGGGCAAACGCUUCUCGGCGGACAUGGCGCGCCUCUGCAUGAACGAACAGUACGCGGACGUGGAGUUUAUCGUCGAGGAGGAGCGCCUACCCGCCCACCGCGUCGUACUCGCGGCACGCAGCGAAUACUUCCGGGCACUGCUGUGCGGCCUGGAGGAGAGCCCACAGCGCCAAAUACCGCUUGAGGUGCCGUUGGCUGCGUUCAAGUUGCUGCUGCGCUACAUUUACUCGGGCACACUGCCGCUGUCCACACUGGACGCGGAUUCCACCAUCGAGGUGCUGGGCAUGGCCAAUCAGUAUGGAUUCCAGGAUCUGGAGAUGGCCAUCUCGAAAUAUUUGCGCCAGUAUCUGGCCUUGGACAAUGUCUGCAGGACUCUUGACGCGGCGCGUCUCUACAAGCUGGAGGAGCUCACCGAGGUGUGUCUAAAGUUCAUGGAUCGCAAUGCCGGCGACCUACUGCGGCACAACACCUUCAUUAAGCUAUCUAAGGAAUCGCUGGUGGAGGUACUACGACGUGACUGCUUCUUCGCCCCCGAGUUACAGAUCUUCUUGGCCGUGUGGAACUGGAGCCGCUUCAAUAGCAACGUGGACUACGAGUCCCUGAUCAGUUAUGUCCGCCUGUCGCUGAUAAACCUCAAGGAUCUUCUGCAGGUGGUGCGUCCCUCGGGCAUCCUGGAUCCCGACCAGAUUCUCGAUGCCAUCAACGAGCGCUGCACUUCGAAGGCGCUGCCCUACAGGGCGGCGCUCUGGCCGGAGAGGAACGUGGCCGCAGAUAUGUUUCAGUCGCGCUGCAUCCAGGGAGAGUGUCGCGACGCACUGCUGGAUGGAGAUGUGACCACCUAUGACAUGGAUAAACGGUAUACGCACCACUGCAUCACGGACAAAGAUGCGAGCAUUGUGGUCGAAUUGGGCACGAUCUGCCUAAUCAAUCACAUCCACAUGCUGCUCUGGGACAGAGACAGCCGGGCGUACUCCUACUACGUUGAGGUGUCCGUCGACCAGCAGCAUUGGGAGCGCGUAGUCGACUACAGCGAUUACCACUGCUGCUCCUGGCAGUACUUGUACUUCGCACCACGACCCGUCAGAUUCAUUCGACUGGUGGGCACCCACAACACUGUGAACCGGGUAUUCCAUGUGGUAAGUCUGGAAGCCAUGCACACGGCCAAGGUGCCGCGUUUAGUUGACCACUUUGUGGCGCCCAAGAGGAACGCGGCCACCAUCGAAAUGAGCGCCAAUGUGACGGACGCCGUGAGUCGCAUGGUCAACAUGGUAAUCAAUGGCUCUUGUAUGCAUAACGAAUGGGACUCGGAAUAUACUUACCUCUCAUUUGGCAUCGGCGAGAUCUCGGUCCGUUUGGGCCAACCCUACUAUCUCGGCUCAUUGAGGAUGUUGCUGUGGGACAGCAAUGAUCAUAACUACAGCUUAUUCAUUGAAAUUUCCACGAACCGCGAGGAAUGGCAGAUGAUCCUGGACCGCCGCAACGUGAGGUCCUGCUCCUGGCAGAACUUUCACUUCAUGCCGCGUCCAGUGGUUUAUAUUCGCAUUGUGUUCUCACGCGUAACAGCGAAUGGGAUGUUCAGAAACAUCCACUUCGAAUGUCCCACCCAGGACAAAAACUACUCAAUGCAGAUAUCCGACAUGGAGAAGGAGAAGGAGACGGCCAAGACUGACGAUGACAAUAUUGCCUCCACCUCGGGAUCAUAGUUGGCUUCAGCGCACGCUGAAAGUUAGGCUUAGUAAAAAGUAAAGGCAACGCAAAAAACACAAACUUCAAAUGAGUUACAG